UCAAUCCACUAGAGGUUGCGUUAAUCCGAAAAAGUAGGUUACGGAUUUCAUUGCAGUUUUGAGUCAGUCGGAAGAGCUUGGUAUUUGUUCUCGUUUUGACUCUCCGGCUUCGGGACAUAAAUGGACAAACACGUGUCUUGAAAAUGGCGUCCAGCGAUAAUGCCUCAACCCAAAGUCAAGCUGGUGGUGACAGGAGAUGAUUUUGGGUACUGUCCAAAAAGGAACCAGGGGAUAGUGGAUUGUUUCCAAGCCGGGGGCAUUUCUAAUGUGUCCCUUCUGGUUAACGCCUCCUCGGCGAAAGAAGCGACAGAGCUGGCCAAAAGACAUCACAUUCCCAUCGGCCUCCAUGCCAACCUCUCAGAGGGUCUACCAGUCAGCCAGGGUCUGAAACGGGGCUCCACUCUCCUCAACAAGGAUGGAUUCUUCCAUGGGAAGAUGGGUUUCAGAAAGGCAUUACAAAGUGGCCUGGUCAACAUGACAGAGGUGGAGCUGGAGCUGAGGGCUCAGGUGAGGCUGUUUGGAGAGCUGAUGGGUUAUCUGCCCUGUCACAUGGAUGGGCACCAACACAUUCAUGUGUUGCCAGAGGUGUGCGAGGUGUUUGCCCAGGUGCUGUCUGACUGUGGGAUCUCCUACACACGUGUUCCUGUGGAGCGUGGGCUACACUCGUGUCCCUGGCUGUCCCCUGUCCUCAGAGACUUCUACAUGCAGGUAGAGAAGGACGCUCUGCAGUCUAUCCCCGUGUUCAGACGACAUGGCAUCAGAUGGCCUGAUGUCUAUCUAGGUUUGACCACCAUGGGUCACAACAUGUCGGUCCCCAACCUCCGACGAGCCUUCAGCCAUGCCCUGGAACGAGACCUGAAUGUCUCACUGUCGCCCCCUGGGGGUGAAAGUAAAAACAGGACAAACACCACGGAGCAGCCCGUGCUGACGGCAGAGCUCAUGGUGCACCCUGGGUACCCCAGCCACCCCCAGGAGGGCGGGUGUGGGGAGGGGCCGGACGACUUCGCCCAGUCGGCUGACAGGCAGCAGGAGUUGACCACCCUGAAGGACCCAGCCCUACUGGCCUUCUACACCCAGGAGAGAGUCCAACUCUGUGCCUUCAGGGACCUCUGAGGCCCCUACACCCCUCGCCCUCAGGGGUAGGGUUGUUGAAUUCCCAAAACUUUUAUCUGGUGUUUCAUAAAUCUCAAUUGAAGAAUUACAGGUUUGAAGAUUGCUGCUUAUUCCCAGAAUUCUCCAAAUGGGAUUUUUUUU